UCCUCUUGGUGCUCAAAGAUCAAAACAACCGCCAAAAUGAUGCCCAAACCACUGCUGCUCCUGGCUGCUCUGACUCUCUGCUGCUGCAUCAUGACUAUCCAUGCUUCUCCCAGGUGUAAGUGCAUACGGACCAGCUCUAAAAUAAUCUCUCUUAAGGCUAUCAUGAAAAUUGAGGUGCUUCCUAUUUCCGGACAAUGCCGCUGGACUGAAAUCAUAGUCACCAGGAAGAACGGCAUGAAAGUUUGCAUUGAUCCAUCGACGCCGUGGAUCAACCAGCUGCUCACCAACUUGCAAAAGAAAAAUGAGGCCCCCACUGAAACCACUCUGUCACCCACUGCUCCCACCUCUGUCUUCUGAUCACAUUUUGUGGCAACAUUUGAUGUAGCAAUGGUUCCAUUUAAUUCAGUGAAGCUGUGAAUUAACUGUAGGAGGACUGAGCCACUGCCCAACUUGAAAAAGUCGGUUUUGCAAUUCACAUUUUAUACUAUAUAACACCUUCAGCUUACAGUUCUCUUCAACUGAUUCAGCCUUUCUAGUGUUAUCCUUUGGAAAAAUGAUAAUAACUACAGUCAUAUGGUCUUAAUGCUUCCUUAUAUGCUGCUCUGCUUUAGCCUUUUAAAUGUAGCCUAUAAUGUGUUAUUGGGGAGCUCAUUAAACAAACAAAAAGCUAUAUUGCCCUAUUGAUAGAUUGUACUCUGAAAUUAAACAGUUUAAAUGUGUUAAAUGUGUAAAAGUUUCCAUUUUAUUAUCAAAAUCACAAAGAUAUACUGUGGUGUAAUCAAACGAUUGCAAAACUUCUUUAUAACUGUAAUUCUGUACAAAUUCCUUCUAGUAAAUUUGACGACACAUUGUGAAGGUGAUGAUUACAUUUCAGACGGUGCUGUUAUCUCUGACGUGCUUUUUGUUGUAUCCAUGACUUGUGUGUGUGUUUUUUUUAUUAUAAAUAAAUAAAGCACAGACAAAAAGAC